CAGUUUGUGUUGAAAAGUGGAGUGGUGUGGACGUGGGAGAUCCGGGGGACUUUGUGUCGGAUUUUGCAGGAAUUGGAAUUGUAUUCAAAUUCCGAAUAGUUAGGAACUGUCCUGGCAGUCGACAUAUAAAGACUGUGGCCUGGAGACAAGAGUGACUGAACUAUAUAGCUGUCAGACAAACUCACAAAAUGGCUGAGCAGCUGAAGCCCCCCAAGAAGGGAAUCCUGAAGAAUUCAACCAGCUUUGACAAGACUGAGAGAAAGUCGUCACUGAAGGAGACCAAGUGGGACGAGAUGAACAUCAUCGCCACCUUCCACCCGGCCGACAAGGACUACGGCCACAUGAAGAUCGAGGAGCCCAAGACGCCCUUCAACUACGCCUGUCCCGACGAGGCGGCAGAGACCGCCGAGACGGAGGCCAUCGACUCCGACGUGCUCGCCCAAAAGAUUCGGUUGGGUGCCGAACAGCCGCUCAAGGCCAUGGAGCAGGUGGAUGAGGACGACGAGGAGAAUAUGACCGCCGAACAGCUGGAGGCGCACCGUCAGUUCGAGGCCAAGCGCAAGUCGCACUACAACGAGUUUUACGCCGUGAAGCUGGCCCGGCAGCUGAUGGAGAAGGACGAGGAGCUGCUGGAGGCCGAGUCGGAGGAGGGCGCCGGCCCGUCCUCGGCCGCCGGGCCGUCCUCCUCCUCUGCCGAGCCGGCCCCGGCCCCUGACUCGGCUCCGUCAACCAGCUCGUAGACGGACGGCCCGCCGAGACCGGCCCGGCGCCGGAGCCGGUCUGUGUACUGGUUUGGCAGGCGCGCUGUGCGCCGGCCCGGUGCAGCCAUUUGUGAUACGGUUUAGCCAGAGCGCUGCUGUUGCUGACAGAGUGACGCGGUGACGUGUUGGACGUCGCGUCAACACCUGUCAGUCACGUCAGUCACCUGGUGUCAACGUCACGUCGCCGGAUCGACAGCCGCCGUGACGGAACCUGGAGACCAGCCCAAUUGUGUGCCGUAGAAGCAGGCGGAGGACGCCUCUGGGACAAAGGAGCUCAGACGGAGGCACAUCCUACCCCGGCGGUGACCCGGCGGCCGGCGCGCGCGGAGGCCGCUCAUGGUCGCCAAGUCGCGUCACGCCGGUCCGACCAGCUCUCGGUGGACACAUCCGUUAGCGCCGCGUCAGGCGAGCGGGGCGGCCGGCGGUGCGCGCUGAGAGGCGGCGUGCCCUAUCGACCCGGCGGCGCGGUGACGGAGGCCGCCGGCGGAUUCAGACGGCCGCGGGACACGUAUGUGAUACCUCCCCGACCGGGAGCCGGCCGACCACCCGCUCCGGCUGGGAGCAGAGGCUUUAUUUACCGCUGGGCGCGGACAGCACGUGCCGCCGCUGAUCCCG